AUGACUUACCGCCUCCUCCUCUUCCUCUACCGCAAGGACGGCAUCACGCACGCCGAGUUCCGAGACCACUACGAGUACAUCCACAUACCUCUCACGCGGGAGCUUACGGGCUCCCUCUUCCCAUCGCUGCACGCGCGGCGCUACAUCGAGCGGUCACCGGAUGGAGAGCCCAACGUGCUCGUCGGCAACAAGUCGGGGGACGAGUGCGACGCCGUGGUGGAGGUUGCGUUCCGGGACGAGGAGGCGGCGCAGGCGUUCUUCGCGGCGACGAACAAUGGCGAGAUCGAGGAGAGGCUGCGGAAGGAUAUUGCGCAGUUCUUGAACAGGGAGAGAAUGCGGGUCAUGAAGAUUGGCGAAUCCUUUGAGACGCGCAGGGACGACUGA